AUGGACUUCGUCGAGAAAGUCGUUGAGAAGUUCGCCGGCGGUGGCCGCGAGGAAGAGGUUGUUGAAGAGCGCCGCUACGACUACGCUCCCCCGCCGCCUCCUGGCCCGCCGCUGCCCGCGCCCUGGGUCGCCCGCUGGUCGGAGGCCGAUGGACGCUGGUUCUACGUCAACGAGCAGACUGGGGAGAGGACCUGGGAGCGGCCAGGAUACGGCGCCCCAGGGUAUGGCUCUGGGUAUGGUGGUCCAGGGUAUGGCGCUCCAGGAUACGGCUCCUCCGGAUACGGUGGCGGAUACGGUGGUGGAUACCAGCAGGAGGAGGUCGUGGAGAAGCGCGAGUACUACGAGGAGGAGAAGCCCAAAAAGGAUCACAAAAUGCUGUAUGCCGCUGCGGGGGCGGCUGCCGGCGCGAUCGGUGGUGCUAUCCUGAUGCACGAGGGAGAGAAGAUCCAUGACGAGUGGGAAGAAAAGAAGGAGGAAAUCAAAGAGGAUGUCGAGGAGUUCCCCGAAAACGCCGCCGAAUGGACUGGCGAGAAGGUCGGCGAGGUGGAAUACGGCUACGAACGCGCCAAAUACGACGUGGAAAACGCCCCCGAGGAGGCGGCCGAAUGGGUCGGCGAGAAGGUCGGCGAGGUCGAACGGUUCGGCGACGAGGUCGAGGGUGCCUAUGACGCCGGUGUCGAGGAAGGGCGAGAUGGGUGGAAAUAG